AUGAAGAAAUUUCCUUCAGCCAUUUUCACAUCCCAAGGUCAAAGUUCUUGCGUAAUGCAUUGCAUUGCUUGUCAUGCGCAUUGUUCUUUUGCACUUGCUUAUCGAAAGGCGCAGCCAUUGGCUGUCGCCCACCCCCUGUUGCAAUUGCAGGACGGUGAUACAUUCGAGCAGAUGGGCAACGCUUUCCCAAUUGACCCAGUGCCCUCCAAUAUUGCCUAUUUGAAGAAAGCAAUCAAGAAGGAGGAGGAACUAUCCAUUGCGCCUUCCAAAAUUGAUAUUUUUAGCCAACAGGAUGGAAAGUGGAUAAAAAAAGAAAAGAUGUCGGCAAGCCUUCGCAACACGGAUGAGACAGAUUGCUAUGGCUUCACAUUGCCAUCAGCGUGA